AUUGAGAAGACACUGCCGAUUCUCCACCAGCCGUCUGAGCAGAUUGUCUCCAGUGCCAAGGAUGUGGUAACCACCGCUAAGGAUGUCGUGACAGGCAAAGUGUCCGGUGCAAAGGGCACAGUCUCAGACACUCUGACCAGCGUCGUGGAAAAGACCCGGGGUGCGGUGCAGGAUGGGAUGGACAAGACCAGGGCGGUUGUCAGCGGGAGCGUCAGCACCGUGCUGGAGAGCAGAGUGGCCCGGCUGGUCAGCAGUGGAGUGGACACGGCCCUCAGCACCUCUGAGAGUCUGGUGGAGCAGUAUCUGCCUCUGACAGAGGACGAGCUGGAGCUGGAGGCAAAAACUGUGAAAGGCUUCGACAACAAGGAGCCGAGCUACUACGUCCGCCUGGGCUCCCUCUCCACCAAGCUCCGCAAGCGGGCGUACACCAGGGCCGUGGCCAGAAUCCAAGACGGCAAGCAGCGGAGCAUGGAGUUCAUUUCUGAGCUGAACUCCACUGUUGACGUGAUUGAAUAUGGCAGAAAGAAUAUUGACGGGGCAAACAGGAUGGUAAACAACAAGUUGAACUCUCUGAUGGCGUGGAGGUCCAAUGGUUCACACCAGGAGAAUGGCCACGAGGCAGAGGUGAUUGAGUCCCGCACCUUGACCCUGGCACGUUCCCUCACCCAGCAGCUCCAGACCACCUGUCUGGUCCUCGUCUCCAGCCUGCAGGGUCUCCCCAGCCACAUCCAGCAGGAGGCGCUCUCCCUGGGCCACUCCGCCACACAGAUCUACACCAGUUUCAGCAAGGCUAACGCACUGGGAGAGCUGCCAGACAGUGUGCUGACCAGCAGCAGAGUCCAGCUGGGCAAGAUGAAGGAUUCUCUCGACUACGUCAUGGAUUAUCUGGUCAAUAACACGCCGCUCAACUGGCUGGUCGGUCCUUUCUACCCCCGGAUUGCCCCAGAGCCAAGUCAUGCAGCGAUUUCUGGCACCAGCAGCACGCAAGCUACGUCCUCCAGGUCUUCCUCCGCCCAAUUACAUUAUGAGGAGCCCAUGGAAGUCGAGAUGGAGUCACUACAUUCCCAGCAGCAGUAGUGAUCCAUCACAGCUUUAUGUUCUGAGUUUUAACUGAUGUAUUCUGCUUUGUAGGCAAAGAUUUGACUCCUCUAUAGAUUAAACUGCACUAUAGUUCCAUGUCAAAAACAAUGCUGUUUUAUACUUUUUUAAUUUGUAAUUCUUGCUGAAAUUUGUAUUUGCUAGCCAGUCUGGCAAAACAUAAUCCUGUGCUUUCUACAUAAACUUUACUGGAAUUCAUAA